AUGGUCUCCGCCGUAGCCACGGACCCACGGACACCGUUGGCAGCCCCAACUAUCCUUCGGCGGUCGCACUCCGAAGGACCAGCCUCGGCUCUCAAGUCACAGCAGAAGACUGUUAGGUUCGAUAUGCCAUCUCCGACGCCUAGUUCUCCGGGGCAGCCCGCACUGACCGAACGACAGAUAGUCCUGGGAGGGGAGGCGACGGAUGCGCCACUUAUUGCUAAAUAUCUGUUAUUGGCUUUGAAGCAGAAAAGCGAGGGGAACCAAACCUUAUAUUACGAAAUAUUACACCUACUCACGCGGAAAGCACCACCGGGGCCGAUAAUCCAGCCAGAGACCCUGAUACAUUGGCUUCGAGCGUUCUCACACAUUGUGUCCAGCCUCACAUCUGCCUUCAGCUCAAUGAUUGACGCCGUGCUGUCGGUGGAGUGGGUGACACAAAGCGAAGAAACAAUUUACAUAUUUAAGCACCUACUGGAAAACCUUGUUAGUGCACACGCUGUGCAUGUGCUGCCCGUCGCCAAGUUGUUGGUGAAGAAUCUGAGGAAAGCACCAGCAUCUACCACCUCGACCGUUUCCCCGUCAGUGCACUUCGAUCGGGUCCAUAACAUGCUACAAGGCGUACUAGCCCUCAUCCCAACCGGUCCCUCCUUCAUGCUACCCAUUGUGACGCAAAACUUCCCGCACAAAAGUGAAUCGAUGGAAACACAUGUAUAUUACCUCCGAAAUGUGCUGAGAAUGAUCGAUUACGCACCCGUGCUGCGAGAUCAGGUCCUGGCCCUGAUUGUAGACAGGAUUGUGCAAGUGGACGUCGAGAUCCAGGUCGAGUUGGAUGACUUGGAUGACGAGGUGUGGGCACAGGUCCAGGAGGCCGUCCUUGAGACCGAUCACGAGAACAGCGACGGGCUGUGGUCUCGCAAAAUGAGCGAUGUGGCGAUGAGCUUGUCACCGUCGUCGCGGCCAUCAGCCUUCACGCACCCAAACGGAGAAUACGACCCACUGAUGGACGAGCUCAACGAACAGGACAUGUUCCUCGAUUCGGAUGCAGGGAGCGAUAACGACGACGACGACGAUGGAGGAAUCACGCCAAUAGCAACGAAUUUGAAAGAAGUCGUCGAGAAGCUCGACGCGAUGCUCCGGCUGGUGUUUAGCUACCUGCGCGACUUUGCCUCACAAAAUCCGGGAGACGAACUACGGGCCCUCUUCGACUCGUUCCUGCUCAUCUUUGAACGGACUAUCCUCCCCACCCACAAAUUGCGAUGCACACAGUUCCUCUGGUUCUACGCGGUAUCCCUCGACCCCACCUUCCCUGAGCUCUUCAUGGGCCUGCUGGUGAGCAAACUCUUCGACGUCUCCGCACCCAGCGUGAUCCGCAUCUCCGCAUCGGCGUACCUCGGCUCCUUCAUCGCUCGGGCCAACUUCCUUAAUCAGUCCUCGGUGCGGACGUGUUUAAAGCUCCUGCACGGCUGGACGUACGCGUACGUGGAGAACAACGAGGCGACGGGCGCCGGCGGGCUGGGGAUGGGGUACCUGACGGUCCCGGAUACGGAACGCUAUGGCGUGUUUUAUUCGGCUGUGCAGGCGGUGGUGUAUGUGUUUUGCUUUAGGUGGAAGCAGCUGAUGGAGAGUAGGGAGUGGGAUGGCCGGUUGGAUGGGUUGAGAGGUUAUGGGAUGCUGCCGCCGGAGAUGAGUGGGUUUCAGAGGGUGUUGAUGUCGAGAUUUGCUCCGUUUAGGAUCUGCGCAAAACCUAUCGUCAUGGAAUUCGCCCGCAUCACACACAAACUCGACAUCAUGUAUUGCUUCCCCCUCAUCGCCGGCACCGGCACACCCACCGCCUCCCUCUCCACCCCUACUCUCCUCACCACCUCCGCCUCCUCCAACUCCCUCCACGACGCCACCACCAACCCAUCCGCAACCGCCCGCCGCCCAUUCCUCCCGCACUCGGCCUCGCUGCCCCACAUACCCGCCGCCCAAACAAAUUUGCCACCCACUUCAACAGCAGCAGCGACAACAACACCCCAACCACCACCACCAACCCAAACACCCACAACCGACCGCCUCGACGCCUUCUUUCCCUUCGACCCCAUCACCCUCCCCGCCUCCCGCCGGUUCGUCGACCCGCUUUACCAGCCGUGGGAGAACGACGAGGACGAGGAUGAUGAGAGCAGCGACGAGGAGGACGAGGACGACGAUGAUGCCGUGAUGGAUGUCGCGGCGCCGUUGCCGAUCUUUGGCAACGAGACGCUGGCGGUGCCGGAGGAUGAGGUGGAGAUGAUGAGUAGUAGUUUGGAUGGGGUGAGAUUGGAGUAGACGGGGGGUAUGCUUAGCUUAUAGUUACCUUGGUGUGAGAUCUGGGGAGCGGGGGCGUUGCCCAUAACUGGGCCCGCUGACGACCGCCCUUCGGCCGACUUCGUGCUGCAUCUCCUUCCGUUGUGUUGCGCGAUCGUCCCCACGGUCUCGCGCGCUCCUCUGAAACCACCCUUUAAAAUUUUGUGCAUCCGUUUUUAUAUUUCAUGAGGAAAUUCCAUUUCAUUCACCAUUUGCUCAAGGACAAAGCCAUCGCUCAAAUCACAUCUAAUCGUC